CAAGAAGAAAAAAGAACCGUUUUUGAGUAGUUGCAAAGUAAAGCUAUUGAGAACCAAUGGAGGAGGAGAAGUCGUUCUCUGCGUGGUCUUGGUCUGUUGAGCAAUGUUUGAAAGAGUACAAGACAAGAUUAGACAAGGGUUUAACCAGUGAAGAUGUCCAAAUCCGCCGUCAAAAGUACGGUUACAACGAGCUCGCUAAGGAGAAAGGCAAGCCUUUAUGGCAUCUUGUAUUGGAACAGUUCGACGAUACGCUUGUGAAGAUUCUUCUCGGUGCUGCGUUUAUCUCUUUCGUUUUAGCCUUUUUAGGUGAAAGCGAGGAACAUGGGUCAGGUUCAGGGUUCGAGGCCUUUGUUGAGCCUUUUGUGAUUGUUUUGAUUCUGAUUUUAAACGCUGUGGUUGGUGUGUGGCAAGAGAGUAAUGCUGAGAAAGCACUUGAGGCUCUUAAAGAGAUGCAAUGUGAAUCUGCAAAGGUUUUGAGAGAUGGGACUGUUUUGCCUAAUUUGCCUGCUAGAGAGCUUGUUCCAGGGGAUAUAGUGGAGUUAAAUGUAGGAGAUAAAGUCCCUGCUGAUAUGAGAGUUUCCGGUUUGAAAACAUCGACUUUAAGAGUCGAGCAAAGCUCGUUAACCGGUGAAGCAAUGCCGGUUUUGAAAGGAGCGAAUCUUGUAGUCAUGGAUGAUUGUGAACUGCAAGGGAAAGAGAAUAUGGUUUUCGCAGGAACAACGGUUGGUAACGGAAGCUGUGUUUGCAUUGUGACGAGUAUCGGUAUGGAUACGGAAAUCGGGAAAAUCCAGAGGCAGAUUCACGAGGCGUCGCUUGAAGAGAGUGAGACUCCGUUAAAGAAGAAGCUAGACGAGUUUGGGAGUAGACUGACUACAGCUAUCUGCAUUGUCUGUGUUCUUGUGUGGAUUAUUAACUACAAGAACUUUGUUUCUUGGGAUGUUGUGGAUGGCUAUAAACCUGUGAAUAUCAGGUUUUCAUUCGAGAAAUGCACUUACUACUUCAAAAUCGCGGUUGCUCUCGCCGUGGCAGCGAUACCCGAGGGUUUACCCGCUGUGAUAACGACAUGUUUAGCUUUAGGGACGAGAAAAAUGGCGCAGAAGAAUGCAAUAGUGAGGAAGCUUCCGAGUGUAGAGACACUCGGUUGCACAACUGUUAUCUGUUCAGACAAAACCGGGACUUUAACAACAAACCAGAUGUCUGCAACCGAAUUCUUCACAUUAGGCGGUAAAACAACGACUACUCGAGUCUUUUCAGUCAAUGGUACGACUUAUGAUCCUAAAGACGGUGGAAUUGUUGAUUGGGGAUCCAACAAUAUGGAUGCUAACUUGCAAGCUGUUGCUGAGAUAUGUUCAAUUUGUAAUGAUGCUGGAGUGUUCUAUGAAGGGAAGUUGUUUAGGGCAACAGGUUUACCUACAGAAGCUGCCUUGAAAGUUCUUGUUGAGAAAAUGGGUAUUCCAGAGAAGAAGAACGGUGAGAAUAUCGAGGAAGUUGCAAACUUUUCAGACAAUGGUAGCUCAGUGAAGCUAGCUUGUUGCGAUUGGUGGAACAAAAUAUCGAAAAAGGUAGCGACAUUGGAGUUUGAUCGCGUCCGUAAGUCCAUGAGUGUUAUUGUGCGCAAACCAAAUGGACAAAACCGGCUUCUCGUUAAGGGUGCAGCUGAGAGUAUACUUGAGAGAAGUUCUUUUGCACAACUCGCUGAUGGAUCUCUUGUCCCUUUAGAUGAUUCUAGCAGAGAAGUAAUCCUCAAGAAACAUUCUGAAAUGACUUCAAAGGGAUUAAGAUGUUUAGGAUUGGCUUACAAAGACGAUUUAGGAGAGUUUUCGGAUUACUCUUCAGAAGAACAUCCGUCACACAAGAAGCUUUUAGACCCUUCUAGCUAUUCGAACAUCGAAACAAAUCUAAUCUUCGUUGGAGUUGUUGGUCUAAGAGAUCCUCCGCGUGAAGAAGUUGGAAGAGCAAUUGAAGAUUGCAGAGACGCUGGGAUUAGAGUAAUGGUGAUAACUGGGGAUAACAAAUCAACAGCUGAGGCUAUAUGUUGUGAGAUUAGAUUGUUUUCGGAAAACGAAGAUCUUUCGCAGAGUAGCUUCACCGGUAAAGAGUUUAUGUCUUUUCCCGCUUCACGGAGAUCCGAAAUUCUGUCAAAAUCUGGAGGGAAAGUGUUCUCUCGAGCUGAGCCAAGGCAUAAGCAAGAAAUCGUUAGGAUGCUUAAAGAAAUGGGAGAAAUCGUUGCGAUGACAGGUGAUGGUGUGAAUGAUGCUCCUGCGUUGAAACUCGCUGACAUUGGUAUCGCCAUGGGAAUUACUGGAACUGAGGUUGCGAAAGAAGCUUCGGAUAUGGUUCUUGCAGAUGAUAAUUUCAGUACUAUUGUCUCAGCUGUAGCAGAGGGUCGGUCCAUUUACAACAAUAUGAAAGCUUUUAUCAGGUAUAUGAUAUCAUCAAACGUUGGAGAAGUAAUCUCCAUCUUCUUAACCGCGGCAUUGGGGAUACCGGAAUGUAUGAUACCUGUUCAGCUUCUUUGGGUUAAUCUGGUAACUGAUGGUCCUCCCGCUACAGCGCUAGGCUUUAAUCCAGCUGAUAUUGAUAUCAUGAAGAAACCACCCCGCAAAAGCGAUGAUUGUCUCAUCGAUUCAUGGGUUCUUAUUCGAUAUCUAGUGAUUGGUUCUUAUGUUGGAGUUGCAACUGUGGGAAUAUUUGUCUUGUGGUACACACAAGCUUCUUUCCUCGGGAUUAGCCUAAUCUCAGAUGGACACACGUUGGUCAGCUUCACUCAGCUUCAAAACUGGUCAGAGUGUUCUUCGUGGGGAACGAACUUCACGGCGACUCCUUACACAAUCGCAGGUGGUCUUAGGACCAUCGCGUUUGAGAACAAUCCUUGCGAUUACUUCACUCUAGGGAAAGUCAAGCCAAUGACUCUAUCGCUCUCUGUUCUUGUGGCUAUUGAGAUGUUUAACUCGCUGAACGCGUUGUCCGAAGACAACAGUCUCUUAACGAUGCCACCAUGGAGAAACCCUUGGCUACUAGUGGCCAUGACUGUCUCCUUUGCGCUUCACUGCGUCAUCCUCUACGUUCCUUUCUUAGCUAAUGUGUUUGGGAUUGUGCCUUUGAGUUUCAGGGAAUGGUUUGUGGUUAUUCUUGUUUCCUUCCCUGUGAUUCUAAUCGAUGAAGCUCUCAAGUUCAUUGGGAGAUGCAGAAGGACAAGAAUCAAGAAGAAGAUCAAGACAAUGUAAAAGUCUGAUCAACACAACAGACAAAAGACAGUAACUCUUUUUUCUUACAAUCUUUUGUUUCAUUAAGAAAUCUCAACCAAAGACACUGUAGUAACUAAACCUGUUGUUUUUUAAUUCUUUGUGGAAGCAAAAUCAAACUUUGGGUUUGAU